UCUACUGAAAUUUUUCGUUACAAUUUUUUCUUCGUAGCAUUUAUAUUUCCAAAUUUCCAGUUAAAAUCAAUUAAAUCAACGACAAAAAUUCCAGUUACUUACAUUGAGUGCAUAAAUUAUUCACGUGGAAUUGUUUCGGUAUUCGAAUUGAAAAUGCCUGGGCCACCACGACCAAAAAUCCAAGACCUGGUAUUAUGUCGCGUUUGUCGACGAAAUUUCUAUAAAGAUCGUAUAGCAAAGCAUGAGUCAAUUUGCAAAAACGUAUCGAAAAAGAAGCACAGGGUGUUUGAUUCAGCAAAGCAAAGAGUUCAGGGUACGGAGGCGGAAGCCUUCAACAGGAAAGCGCAAAAGCCAAAGAAAGUGGUCGCAAGGACAAACAAUUGGCGUCAGAAGCACGAGGAAUUCAUUGCAGCCAUUCGUAAUGCGAAAAAAGUGCAACAGCAUCUUGCCAAAGGUGGAAAGCUUAAGGAUAUACCUCCACCACCUCCGUCCUCCGAAAAUCCUGACUAUAUUCGAUGUCCAUCUUGCAAUCGUACGUUUAAUGAAACUGCUGCAGCCCGUCACAUACCAAGAUGCACCAGCUAUGAUUAUAAUAAACCGAAAAUGAAACCCACAAUAUCGACGGCAAAACUGGGCAAAAAACGGUUUUGAUAUAAACAUAAAACAUCUAAUAAAUCUUUAUUUCAAACGAAAA